CCGUAUGCAUCUCCUUCCUAGAUAGCCAUCUCCCUACAUGAAUCGAAGCCUACCACCCCGAUCUUGCACCAUUUGCCUAGUGGAGGGCCACCUUCCACAUCGAUCUGUCGUCGGUGUUGCCAUCGCCACCAUGGCACCAUCUUGCCCUUCGAUGAUUUAUUUGUCCUCGACUUUUCAAAACCGUGAUGUCGUGUGUUGGCAAUGUUGCCUUUUGAUGAUCUUUGCAAGCGAUGGGUUCUUGGUUGCCUUGUUGCGCCGUUGUUGGCCACCAUCCAUCAUUGGGUAGUGCUACUUGUCAAGAUACUAAGUUUACAUGUAGAUCUUGGAGAAAUCAAAGGAAAAUCCUUCUAAUCUAUUGGGGAAAACAGGUGCCGCUUGGAUCCACUGUCUUCAACCAUUAAGCAUUGGUCGAACUUGUCAACGAUCAAAGUCUUAGGUGUGUAGAUCUUGGAGAAGACAAAAAGGUUAAAGACUCGACAUACAUGAUUUGUGUGGAAUUUCAGGUGUGUUCUAGGCAAAUCCUUUUCCAUGGUUAAACACUUUGAAAUUUCAAUUAUUAUGUGAAACUAGGGCAACAUUCUCAACAAAAAUCAUCAAGCUAGCUAUCAGUAUAAACAAUAGAUGACCAGAAUGUAGUCUCAUAUCUAUUUUAUUUUGCUAUUUAUGUAAACAUGUACCUCCAACGAUCAUCAUUCCUUCCUAUACAAACACGAGUGGUUUCAUAGAACUUCAAGCAAGUUAAACAUAAACCCCUCACACCGAAAAAAAAUCAACCAACAAGUUCAUCUCUAUAAAAAGCAAUCUUUUAAAACAGUCCUAUUCUACCAUCCAAUUAAACACCUACUUAAAAAAAACCUAAUGACAUUCCACAUUAGCCAUGCAUCAUUUCAGCCCAAACCAAAAAGUGGACCAAUGCUACACCAGACACCCCAAAGAAAAACCCACAGUCACUCACAAAGCGAAGCAAAGGAAGGAAACAUCAUUCUACUGUUCCAUCUUUUUUUUUUUUGCACCUCUCUAUUCCAUUCCAUUUCAAAUCAAACCUUCGAACCAAUUCUAUCCCCCCUUGGAGCCAAUUUUUCCUUUUCCCUCCUCCGUCUCGGCUCGUCGUAGGCGUCGCCUCUCGCCCUCGCACACCACGCGCCCGAAACGCCCAUCCCACGAGGAGGAGACGCCUCACGCCUCCUUCUCCUCACCCACAAUAUAACCACGCCUCCAUCUUCUCCUCUUCCCCUUCUCCUCCUCCUCAUCGCCAUCGCCGCGGACCAAAUUCCCAACCCUCGAAGCGGCCAAACCCCGCCUCCCCCGCCGCCGGGGACCUCCGAUCCGGGCCCUGAUCCGCCGCCGCCACCCCGAUCUGCCGUCUACGCGCCUUCCCCUGCCCGCAAACCCUAGGAAUUCGGGCCUUCCCGGGGCGGCGGCGGCCGUGGGCCGUCGUUCGUGGCUAUGGAGGGGUUGGUGGGGAGGGCGGUGAGGAAGGAGUUCCCGGGGUUCGGGGUGUUCGACGGGGUGGUGGAGUCGUACGACGCCGAGGCGGGGUACUUCCGGGUGAUGUACGAGGACGGGGACUCCGAGGAGGUGGAGCUUGGGGAGGUGGUGGGGUUGCUGGUUGGUGGGUCGCCGGUUGGGGUGGAGAUGGCGCAUCCGCUGCCGUUGACGCCCGGGCGGCGCCCGAAGAAGCGGCGGCGCGGGGAUGAGGAGGGGGGCGUUGGCGUGGGCGCGGUGGUGGCGAUGGAGGUGGAUUCCGUGGUUCUGGCUGUCCCCGCCGGUGGCGCGGAGCCCGCGUCGCCGGUGGUGGUGGUGGAGGGGAGUAGUAGGGAUGAGGUGGAUGGGGACGUGGUGUCGGAGAUGGCGGAGAAGAGGCGGAGGGUGGUGAGUCCAGGGCCUGAGUCGUCCGGGAAGCCGCUUCGGCGGAGCGCGCGGCAGGCGAAGGCGGCCGCGCGGGUGGCCGAAAUGGAGGCCGCCGCCGCUGUGGCGGCCGCCGCUGAGGCUGAAGCAGCUGCUGCCGCGAUGGCCGAGGCCGAGGCAGAGGCUGCUGUUACGCCACCGCAGUCUGGGAGUAAGCGUAAGCGUGCAAGCGGGGCUGGCAGGUAUCGGUCUGUCGCGAAGGAUUUGGAGAAGGCUGCGGUGGAGAGGCUGCCUCCGAAGCCGGAGCUUCCACCCUCGUCGCAGAGUUUGGAUUUGGAAGGUCUCCCUGCUCUCGACGUCUUUCAAGUGUACUCCUGCUUGAGGUCUUUUAGUAGGCAGCUGUUCCUGAGCCCGUUCCUGCUGGAGACAUUUGUGGCUGCACUGCGGUGUAUAUAUGUGAACCCUUUGAUUGACUGGGUUCAUUUUUCUCUCCUGCGAGCGAUGAAGAGUCACUUGGAAGAUCUCGCCAAUGAAGGAGACCCUCCGGCAAUGCAUUGCAUUAGGAAUCUUAACUGGGAGCUUUUGGACCUAGCAACUUGGCCAAUCUAUCUUGCUGAGUACCUAUUGACUCGUGGUUCAGAACUGAGGUAUGGUAUGAAGCUUACAGACCUAAAGCUGUUGAAUACAGAGUACUAUACUCAGCCGGCAAUGGUGAAGUUAGAGUUACUGCGCGCACUCUGUGACGAUGUUCUGGAAAUUGAGGCUAUACGUUCUGAAGUUGUUUCAAGGAUGUCUGAGUUGGAUGGGAAUGAUGAGCUUUGUAAAAGCACUCGUACAAGAAGAAAAAGGAGGGCUUCUGCUGUCAAGAACCUACUGAAUUCUUCUCGGGCUCCUGAAGAUUCCAGUGACACUGAAGAUGGUAACAGCGAUGAGUGUUAUCUUUGUGGCAUGGAUGGUAAUUUGUUAUGUUGUGAUGGCUGUCCUGCUGCAUUUCACUCUAAAUGUGUGGGGGUAGUGGAAGAUUUAUUGCCUGAAGGUAAUUGGUUUUGCCCGGAGUGUUUGAUACAGAAGAAUGAUGGAUUCAAAAAUAUGGUAAAGCCUGGAAGAGGAGCUGAGGUUCUGGGAAUGGAUCCACAUGACCGACUAUACUUUGGCACCUGUGGCUAUAUUUUGGUGGUUGAGUCAACUGCUGAGGAUUCUCUGGACUCGACAUGUCAUUACUAUGGCAUUUUUGAUCACCAUUCGCUUUUCAAUGUGCUAAGAACAUGCCAUCCCUCGUACAGUUCAAUCACUAACAUGAUAUCUUUGUUUUGGGGCACUGCAAUUGAUUCUUUUGAUUCCAAUGGUCGAUGUGAAAAUAACAAGGAAUUCAGUAUCUUUGAUGCCAAGAUAGACUGUAGUCAUUUAUUGCCAUCGAAGCAACACACAGAACAUGAGCAGCUUAAGUCAGAUAAGAAUGGCUCCUGUGAACAAUUGGCCUGUGGGAAAGCUCAUGCCUCGGAUCCAGAUCGGCUGGAUCAUGACACCUCUCACCACAAGUUCUCCUUGAGAUCUGCGGUUAUUUCUGAAAAUGGAAAUGCAACUAGUGCCAAGACUCAGCAAGAUGUUUGUUCUUAUGCUAAUGGAUUGCCUGCUGAGAAUAAGAUAGACCAAUCACCUCACAAAAAGAUAAGUGAUUGUUAUAUCCAUUCGAACCCUGCUAUGUACGUAAACUACUACAGUUUUGGUCAAAUAGCAGCAUCAGCUGCUGAAGAGUUGAAGGACAAGCUAUCGGAAAACAAAGAAGGAAAGAAAGUUGGUCAGGAUGCAGCUUCAUUCCAGCUAAAAACAAUAUGUAAGAAAUAUGCCAAUAUUUUUGCUCUGACAGAUCAAAAGUUGUCUGUAGAGCUGCGAAAGGAAAAAUGUGGUUGGUGUAAUUCCUGCCAAAUCAGUGGCGGUGUUGAUUGCAUUUUCAGAGUCACCGAUGGCAAAUGCAUGGAGGGUCUUCAGUCAGAAAAGAAUAUGAACAGCCAUAUUAUUCUUGCCAUACAUAUCAUCUUGUCAAUUGAAGAACGGCUAAAUGGUCUACUGAUUGGUCCAUGGAAAAAUCCCCAAUUUAGCAGUUAUUGGCGUAAGGCAGUUCUGAAGGCUUCAGAUGUGUCAUCAUUGAAGCAACCUCUCCUUAUGUUGGAGUCCAGUGUGCGACGUGUUGCCUUCUCAGUGGAAUGGCAAAAACCAGCAGACUCUGUUGAAGUUGUUGGGUCUGCAGCUCAUGUCUUGGUUCGUACAUCUAAUAAAUCCUCGAGACAUGGAAGCACUAGAAAGCCAGGGAGAAAGCCAUUUAUUGUUGAACUCAAAGUUGACUCUCGUGAUGUUGGUGUUUACUGGCGAAGGGGUGGGAGAUUGUCUCGUCAAGUGUUUCACUGGAAGAGGUUGCCAAAGUCCUUGACAUAUAAAGCUGUUCGGCAAGCGGGGCGAAUUAAAAUCCCAACCAUAUUAUAUAGUGAUGGUUCACAGUUUGCCAGGAGGUCCAAAUACAUAGCUUGGCAAGCUGCUGUGGAAAUGGCAGAAAAUGUGGCCCAGUUUAUUUUGCAGAUCAAAGAGCUUGAAUUCAAUAUCAGGUGGACUGAGAUAUUGAGCACUCUCCCUGCUAGCCUUGCAACAAAGGAAACCCAGAAAAUAGCACGUCUUUUCAAGAAAGUUAUAGUUCGCAGAAAGCGUGUAGAUGGAACAAAUGUGGAAUAUUUACUUGAUUUUGGGAAGAGGGAGAAUAUUCCUCCAGUUAUUGCUAAACAUGGAAAAAAACUUGACGAACCCUCUAAUGAGAGGAACAGAUACUGGUUAAGUGAAGGACAUCUCCCUCUGAGUCUUUUGAAGGCAUAUGAAGCUAAAGCAUUAACUCGCUUACUGAAAAAGAAAGAUAUUGAUCACCUUCCAAAGAAGAUGAUUGACUUGAAACCCCCAAAGCCAAAAAAAUCAGGAUUUGAUGAUCUCCUAGAAAAAGCAAAAAAGCAAGUCCUUGGGCUUUGUGGCCAUUGUGACAAAGAAGUAAAGAUCAGUGAUGCUGUGAACUGCCAAUAUUGUGAAGCACUUUUCCAUAAAAAGCACUUCAAGGUUCCUAGAGGUGCUACUGAUGCUUAUUAUGUUUGCAACAAGUGCCUAUCUGAGAAGGUCUUGAAUGUGAAGUCUCCACAGAAAAAGGUUGUAUCAAAGAAGAACUCUCUGAAAAAGAAGACAAAGAAGCAAUCACUUAAGAUUGUAACAAGAAGUAAACAGAUUGUUGCCAAAUCCAAGAAGAAGAUGGGCAAGAAUAAGGGCAAGCGUGGCCGACCUAGGAAGUACCCGCUGAAUGAGUCAAAGAAUAAAUUGCCAGAGUUGCGUGUGAAAGAACCAGCCAAUGUGCCCAAGAAUGAGCCAGCUAAACGUAUAUCAAAAAGAUUAUAUUCAAAGUACAUGAAAGGCAAUUCAAAUAUAUCUGAGCGUUCAGCAAAGAGGAGGAGGACUGCUUCUCAUUAUUCAUACUGGUUAGAUGGCCUUCGGUGGACACAAAACCCAAAUGAUGAUCGGGCAAUAUCUUUUAGGACAGAAAGAGUUGUCUUUCCCUGCGAAGAUGCUGAUCUGUCUGAAGUUUUUCCAGUGUGCCGUCUAUGCCAGAAAUGCUACAGUGGAGAAUCUAUUUAUAUUGCCUGUGAAGAUUGUGGAGAUUGGUUCCAUGGAGACAUCUAUUCUAUUACUCUUGAGAAUGUUAAUAAUCUCAUAGGUUUCAAGUGCCAUAGAUGCCGUUUGAAAGAUGUACCUGUUUGUCCGUAUGUACAAACAGAUAAUAUCCUUAUGGCUCAAUCUGAUAAGGAUGACGUCACAAGCAGAUCUAUAGAGGACAAGGAAGACAGGAGCCCAACAGAUCUGGUUGCCCAUGACAGUCUGGAAGGGUCUCAUGGUCAUAUCAUUGAGAAAGAGGUUAAUGAUCAUAGUUUUGAAAAGGAAGUUGGUGAUCAUAUUUGUUUGCAAGCGCAGGAAGAUCAUAAUGAAAAGGAGCUCGACAGUCAUAGCACUGAGAAAGAGCUCGGUGAUCAUAACAAGACGGAAGAGUUUGAUGGCAAUAUGAAAGUGCUAUUUAAUCUUAACAGUACAAAGGAGCUUGAUAGUACUAGCACUGAGAAAGAGCUUGGUGAUCAUAACAAGAUAGAAGAGUUUGAUGUCAAUAUGGAAAUGUUCUUCAAUCUUAACAAUACGAAGGAGCUUGAUAGUACUGGAGAAAGCAUAUGUGCUGGUGGAGAAGCACACUGUCUGCAUGAGCUCAACAACCAUGAAAUUCUUAAGGAGUGUCAUAGUCUUGACAAUAACCUGGGUGAACUCGAUAAUCAAGACUGCCAAAAAGAGUGUCAUAAUCAAAAUAGUCUAAAAGAGCUUGAAAAUCAUCGAAGUUCACAAGAGCUUGAUAGUCAUAAAAGUCCAGAAGAGCUUGAUAAUAUUAUAAGUCCAAAAGAGCUUGACUGUACUGAAAAUAAUGAACACUCUGCUGCAGUGACGCAGUCGGAUGGUUUUCUUGAUGACCCCUUCAACAUUAGGAUAUCUGACAAAGGACUGAUCAUAGCAUCAGAAAAUGGUAAGAUAAAGGAAUCUAUUCCUUUGCAAACCAAGAAUAAACCUGAGGAGAAUCCUGUUCCUGCUGAUCAUGACAUUGAUCUUCAGGUGGUGGUGACUUUAUAGGGUAUGGUGGACAUUGAAAAGAAAACUUAUAUAUCUGGCAUGUUCUGUCUGCUACCCAACUUUUUGCUGCUGCUCUCGUACAAGUUCUGCUGACUAGUGGUGCGGGUUGCCAGUCUGCCUCACAACAUAUAUUACUUGUGCUAUAGGAUGAUAUAUCAGUCGUGCAACCCAAUAAUAAUCUACAAAAGGGAGAAGGCUACUUUUGUGGAUUAUUCAAUUUUUUGUGGUUUUCUUUUUGGAAUUAUGCUGAUCUGACAAGUGAAGCGUUCAAAUUAUUGAGAAUGACAUGCAAUAAGCAUAUAUCUGGUACAACUUUUACCAUGGUCAAGUUAUAACAUUCUCGGUAGGGCUGACAGAGAGAAACAUUUGGGGUGCAAAUACCUUGCCAUGCUCCACUCUUCUGGUCAUAAUUUGGAUUUCAUCUGUACUUUGCUGAGAUUCUUGUGUCAAUUGAGAUAUCUUACAAUUGAGCCAGCUGGUUUUCCAUUGCAGUGCACUAACAUUUCUAAGGAAGUAGAUGAUGGAUGACGAAGCAGGCGCUGUUGAUGUGGAGCAUUGAGGAGGCGAUCCCUUUCACCAUGGUUUUCCUUCGCCAUUCGUAGAUAGAGUACCAGAUUGGGUAGGCUUACAGGCAUCCCUGAUGAUUUAUUCGUUAAGAUUGCUAGUAACAGUCCGUUGCAAACAUUAGUUGUAUAUGCUGCAAAAGGAAUUCAUCUUUCUUGGAUUUUGUAUAGGGUUCCAUUAGGGUAAAAAAUUAUAGGAACAAAGUUUUACCAGUUGCACCAGAUGUAUACAAUGCAGUUUACCGUACUUUACCUGGUUGUCCUUUACCUUGUACUUUA